AUGUCGUUGCCAACUAGAUUCCCGAAGAAUUUCCAGCUGGCAACUGCCACCGCUGCAUACCAAAUUGAAGGAGCCAAAGAAUUGGAUGGCCGUGGAUUCAGUACUUGGGAUGCAAUCCGCUCGGAAUACGGGCGAAUUCGUGAUGCUUCUGACCCAAAUCUCUCUUGUGAAAGUCGUCUGAAAUACAAAGAAGACAUUGCGCUUCUCGCGAAAAUCGGCGUCACGAGCUAUCGAUUCUCGAUUUCAUGGUCCCGUGUCCUUCCGAAUGGAACACUUUCUGAAAUCAGCGAAGAAGGCGUCCAAUAUUAUCGUGAUGUUUGCCUCUUGCUUCGAGACAAUGGAAUUGAGCCAAUUGUCACACUUUUCCAUUUCGAUAUGCCUCUGGCUAUCUACGACAAUGGAACAUCAUGGUUGAACAAGGAAAAUUGUGAUCAUUUUGUCAAUUUUGCGGAUUUGUGUUUCCAAAAAUUCGGGGAUUUGGUGAAGACGUGGAUUACAUACAAUGAAAUCAACAUGCAAGCAUGGUCUUCAGUUGUGAAGCUUACAGGAGAACAAUGGCUUUGUCCAGAUAGACCAGAAAUCGAGAAUCAUAAUCAAUCGCCAUACAUAGCUCUCAAAAACAUGCUUCUUGCUCAUGCGAAAAUCUACCGUAACUAUGAGAAAAACUACAAGAAGAUCCAAAAUGGAGUUGUUGGAAUCACCAACGGAGGUCAUUUCUGCUUCCCGGCUUCUCAUUCUCCAGAAGAUCAAGCGGCUUCCGAGAGAGCUCUUGACUGGUUUUUCAAGAGCACCAUUGACCCGAUUCUCUCUGAAUCUGGAGAUUUCCCAGUGUCUAUGAGAGAGAACCUUUCAUUUUUGCCAAACUUUACCGACGACGAAAAGGCAAUCCUUAAAGGUAGCACCGACUUUCUUGGAAUCAACUACUAUUUGAGUCAUGUGGUCCGAGGUGUUAGCGAUAAUGAAACCCCACCAUCGCAAUCCGAAAGAGACGGAUCAUAUGCAUUCGUUGAAGGAAAAUGGGAAAAGUCUCUAGUCACCGUGCAAACUUCAAUAAAAAAUAGAAAUUUCAGAAUCUGCGGUGAUACUUGGAUUCGUUAUGCUCCAGACGGAUUACUGGCUCUCCUGGAGUACGUCAAAGAGAAGUAUAACAAUAUCCCGGUGUUUAUCACGGAGAACGGAUGUCCAGACAUCGUUGGAGAGGAGAAGAAACCUGUGGAGGAGAUUCUGAACGACACACAUAGAAUCAAGUACAUCACUGGACAUUUGGAAGUGGUAGCGAAAGCCAUCGACGAGGGUUGCAACGUCAUCGGCUACACAUUGUGGACACUCAUGGAUAACUUCGAAUGGGAUGACGGAUUCGAAUUGAGAUUUGGGAUCUGUCGUGUGGAUUUUGAGUCUCCGGAGAAGACAAGAACCAUGAAACAAUCGGCGAAAUUUUAUCAAAAUUUUAUUCGCGAAUUCAAGAAGCAUCAUAAUCUCUUGUAA